AUGAUGUGGGAGGGCAAGAUUCGCCUCGCUGGCCUGCUUUUCCUCGCAUUCUUCUCCCCAUCCGAUGCUUUUUACAUCCCAGGAUGGUCGGUCAAGAGCUAUAAACCGGAACAGCAUAUCCCCCUCAUGGUCAACAAGAUCUACUCCGACAACACACAGCUGCAAUAUGCGUACUACCCUCUACCUUUUGUGUGCCCGCCAACCGGUCGUCACAAACCUGGCACAGGCCUGCUGAGUGGUCAAAGCAUCUCCUUGAACCUGGGCGAGGUCCUCCGAGGGGAUAGAAUCAUGGCCUCGGAUAUCGAGCUGGUCAUGGGCCAGGACAAGCCCUGUCAAACUCUCUGCAACAAGCAAAUAUCGCCCAGUGAGUUGGAACGCGCCAAGGAACUGGUCCGGGAUGGCUACGUAGCCGAGUGGAUCGUAGACAACCUGCCUGGCGCCACCAGCUUCGUCACCGUCGACAAGACGAAAAAAUACUACGCCGCUGGGUUCAAGCUUGGGUACACCGAGGUCUCGCCAAGGACGGGCAAGAUGCACUACUACCUUUAUAAUCAUCACACGAUUGUCAUUCGAUACCGCUCCGCGGCUGGACGUGCUGGCGAACGGGGCGAAAGGAUCAUUGUCGGCUUCGAGGUCUACCCCAAGAGCAUCGGCAGCGCCAACAGGCGGGACAGUCAAGGAUGUCCCGUAGACGUCCAAAACGUUGACGGGGCAUUCGAGCUUCACAUGGCUGCCAACAAGUCGGCGGCUGCCGCGCCCAAACACGCCGAUUCUUCGGAAGCGGCCAAGGACGUGGCCGGUGGGACAAUGACCAUUCCUUACACGUACGCGGUGUACUUUCGCGAGGACAACAGCGUCGAAUGGUCCCGCCGCUGGGAUUUGUACUUUGUCAACCAGGAGGAGAGCUCUCGCAUCCACUGGCUGGCCAUUGUCAACUCGCUGAUAAUUUGCGGACUGCUCACCGGCAUCGUCAUGAUCAUAGUUGCCAGGACGGUACGCUCAGACAUCAAGGGCUACAUGGAUGCCGCGGCAGAAGAUGGCGGGCUGCGGUCGAAGCGGAAGCAGCCAUCCGGCAAGCGCACGCCCGGGGAGAAGAAGGCUGCCGGCCUGCUUGAACAGGCCGGGGCCGGCGACGACGCGACCAAGGACGCCGACGCGUCUUCCGACGACGAGGCCCUGGAGGACGUGACGGGAUGGAAACUGCUCCACGCCGACGUUUUCCGGACGCCCCGGCGCGGCAACCUGCUGGCGCCCGUCGUCGGCUCGGGGAUGCAGCUGAUGUUCAUGGCGGCGGGCUUGGUGCUGCUGAGCGCGCUGGGGGUCCUGAACCCCAGCUUCCGCGGCGGCUUCAUCAGCGUCGGGGUGGGGCUCUUCGUCUUUGCCGGCCUGUUUUCCGGCUACUAUUCGGCGCGGGUGUUCAAGAGCUUCGACGGCAGGGACUACAGGGCCAACGCCCUGGUGACGGCCCUGCUGUUCCCGGGGCUGGCCUUUGGCCUGGUGUUUGUCCUGAACCUGUUCGUCUGGGCCCAGGCAUCCAGCACGGCGAUCCCGUUUGGGACGCUGGUGGUCAUGACGCUGCUCUGGCUGUGCAUCCAGGUGCCCCUGGUGCUGGCCGGGUCGUACUACGGCUUCGCCAGGGCGGGGGCGUGGGAGCACCCGACAAGGACGGCGCCGGCGGCGCGGCCGGUGCCCCGGCGAGCGUGGUACCUCGAGCCGCUGCCGUCGGUGCUGGUGGCCGGGCUGAUUCCCUUUGCGGUCAUGUUCAUCGAGCUCGUCUUUGUGUUGCAGUCGGUGUGGCAGGACAAGAGCGGGUACUACUACGUGUUUGGGUUCCUGGCGGUCGUCUCGGCCAUCCUGGCCGUCACGAUUGCCGAGGUGACGGUGGUGACGGUUUACGUGCAGCUGUGCACCGAGAACCACGACUGGUGGUGGCAGUCGUUCCUGGUCGGCGGCGGCAGCAGCCUGUGGGUGUUUGCCUACAGCGUCUGGUACUACGUCUUCAAGCUGCACAUUGGCGGCUUCGUCAGCAGCAUGCUGUUCUUCAGCUACAGCUUCAUGGCGUGCUGCGUGUACGGGCUGCUGACGGGGACGAUUGGGUUCCUGAGCGCCUAUGCCUUUGUGCGACGAAUCUACGGCGCCAUCAAGGUCGACUAG